AUGGCUGGCAUUUUGUAUAUAUUAUUGCAGGCUCGUACUUACAUAAAUUCCCAUGACAUCAGAGGUUUUGUUAGGCCUUCCAUAGAUUGGUUAAUGAAACAACAAUUUCCUAGUGGUAAUUUCCCUUCAUCAUUACACAGUAGCUCUGGUGAUAGAUUGGUACAGUGGUGUCAUGGUGCACCAGGGUUUAUACCUUUAUGCAUAUUGGCUUAUCAGGUGUUUGAAGAUGAAAGAUAUUUAAAAAUAGCUAUUCAAUGUGGAGAUUUAAUAUGGCAGAGAGGAUUGUGUGCCAAGGGCUAUAGUUUAUGCCAUGGAGUUAGUGGUAAUGCUUAUGCAUUUCUUCAGCUGUAUCAAGUAUUAAAGAAACCUGUAUAUCUUCACCGCGCUGGGUGUUUCAUGGAAUGGUGCGCGGUGGAGAGACAAGGCACUGAAUUACACCGACCUGACCGGCCGGCCUCGCUCUUCGAAGGAUUACUCGGCAGAAUAUACUUGGUCGAAGACAUUAUUAACCCACAGAAAGCUUUAUUCCCUGGACUUUGCUUAUGA